AUGGCCGACGCACUGUUGACAUAUCUUCGGGCGAGCCUACCACAAGAAGUUGCAAACCUUGCAGAGUCGCACCUGAGCAACCUCGAAAACGGCCAGUUUGAAAGUUUGCUGCGAUCUACAGAGGCACGGAUCCUGUUUGGACAGGAGAAUGAUGCCAGCCUUGAGUCGAGCAAGAUCGAAGACUUCCCAAGCUGGAGUGACUGGAUUUUCCAUCGGCUAGGUGUCUUCUGCGGAGACCGCUCCAAACCAGAGAAGCAAGUCAUAUUGUUCUGCCUCGGAUAUGCCGCGCUCUUGACUUUUGUUCAGUCGAAUGUGACGGGACCACCGUUGGAGUUCCAGCUAUCGGAGCUGACCUUACCUGGAGAUGGGCGUAAAGGGAUACAGAAACAACUUCUGGCUGGGUUGACUGUAGAUGGCAUUGCUGCGAACAAGUUGACGCCGCACAUCGAACUUCUCUGUCUUGCAGAUGCGGUAAUGACAUGUCCGGCCGUAUUGAAGAAUGUCAAGGCCGCCAGGUGGGCGAAGCUGAGGGUUUCAUUCCUGCAUCAGCGACUGCUGUCAGAAGUGUCAUCCACCCUGCAGGAUGUUAUCUACGAUGACCUGGAGUUGAUUCAAGAUGACUUCACUUCAUACCAGGGAGACCGUGCCGCUCUGGAAGCCGAAUUUGUUCUUGAGCGGGCAACCAUCCACAUACAUCAUGGGUUGGAUAAGUUUGCUCGAUCUGACCUGGACCAAGCUGCAAAGGAUCGUCAGUUCGAUUUCGCCCUUACCGGUCUCCUGGGUAAACGUACGAAGUAUCAGCAGAACGAUACAAGCCAGCUGGUUGUGUUGGCGAAGAGCCACGAAAGCAACGAACCGGACACGUCAAAGGUGGGUCAUUCCGCAGUAGAGGCCGCGAACGGCGACGAGUCCAAGAAGAGGCCUGAAAACAUCGAUCUUAACGAUGACACUCUUCUGGAGUCAAUCUCGUUCUCCGAGAAGCCAGCAGAUGCCUCGACGACACAAAUUCAAGACAGCGACUCCCUACCUCCCUCGCUGAAAGCCAUCGACCCUUCAAAUCAGCCUCAGCUGCAGCCACUGGAUUCCACAAUCCUUCUACUUCUCGCUUCGUCCAUCACGAACACCUCUCCCGCCAACGGUCUGACGAGGGAAGAGACUCUGCCGUAUGCGACUCGUGUGCUCGAAGGUGGCAGUUCGAAUUGGCAGGUCUAUACGCAAGCUCUGCUCGUUCGUAGUAGAAUCGAAGGCUACAGGUCUCGGACUAUAGAAAGAGGUUUGCUUCAACUGCAAGCCUUAGUAGAUCAAGUCAUUGCAGACACGACAGGUGCAGGAUCAUCUAGCAAGGAAGACGCCGAUACAGCAACACAGACUACAACGUUCUUGCCGAAGGCAAAGGACGGCGAGAGCGCACCAGUGACGGACCGACUACGGUACAUUUUCCCGUUGGCAACACCAUCACGCUGGGAACUUGAGGCAGAGCUUGCUUCUCGUUGGGUGCAGUUGGGUGGUCUGAGAUCAGCCCUCGAGAUAUAUGAACGCUUAGAGAUGUGGGCAGAGGCCGCUCUCUGCUGGGCUGCUACAGAGCGUGAAGAGAAGGCCAAGCGUAUCGUGCGCCGCCAGCUUUUUCAUGCAGCCAACGGCGGCCCCGAUGUGUCAGAAGACAACAUCUCCGAAGACGAAGAGUGGAAUGGGCCAGCUCGUGAUCCUCCUCCGCUUGACGCGCCCCGACUCUACUGCAUCUUAGGUGACAUCGACCAGUCCGUUGAAAUGUAUGAACGAGCAUGGGCGGUGUCUAACCAACACUACGCACGAGCUCAGCGGUCCAUUGGAAGGCAAUUGUUCUCGGCAGGAGACAUGCUUCGAGCUGCUGAGGCGUAUAGCAAGAGUCUGAAGGUCAACCAGCUGAAUCAGCAGAGUUGGUUCGCACUGGGAUGCGCGCUGCUCGAGCUUGCACAAUUUGAGAAAGCUGCUGAAGCAUUCUCUCGCUGUGUCCAACUCGAUGAGACAGAUGCGGAAGCGUGGAGUAAUCUUGCUGCCGCACUACUGCGAACCGAUCCAGACAAUAUCAGCAUCAAACGAGAGGGCGACAAGGUCAAGCUGGAUGACGAGGACGAGACCGUUGCAGACGAACCCUCAACGUCUCACGACCGGCAACAGAGCAUUCGUCAAGAGGCUCUUGCAGCUCUCAAGCGUGCGGCAAGGCUCAAGCACGACUCCCACCGCAUAUGGACAAACGUUCUCAUCGCUGCUGCAUCGCUCUCCCCUCCUGACUAUACUAGCAUUCUUGCCGCCCAGAAACGCAUCAUCGAUCUCCGAGGACCUACCGAAGGCGAGAAGAGCAUCGAUGUCGAGAUCGUCAGCGCCCUCGUCAAUCACAUCAUUGCCACCAAUGAGACUUACGACCCCGAGCAACCUGGUCUCGCUCGCAUGACAGUCAAGUUCAUUGACCAAAGCGUCGUACCUCUCAUUACCGCGUCUGCAGAGCUGUGGCGGCUUGUCGCCAAACUCGCACUUUGGAGGAACAAGCCUUCCACUGCCCUUGACGCCGAAGAAAAGGCUUGGAGGGCCGUGACUAGCCAACCCGGCUGGGAGACAGGCGAAAGCGAAGCCCGGUGGAAUGAGGUCGUCGAGGCGACUGUACGACUUUGCGAGGCAUAUGAGAGCUUUGGGCCCAAGCAGAGGACCGAGGGAAUGGCGGCAGGUUCGGGUGAGCUUGUAAUGAAGGACUGGAAGUUCAAGGCAAGAAGUGCAGUGAGAGGAAUCAUGGGACGAGGGAAGGAGAAUUGGGAAGGAACUGAAGGAUGGGAUAGGUUGAAAGAUGUGGUGGAUGGCUUACGGGGAUGA